UGAAAUAGAUGACAGAUGAUUUCUUUGACUGGGUUAUAAGAAGAAAAGUCUCCUCUCUUCAAGACGUUUAUCAAGGAGACAAUGACUCUCCCUAUCUUUUCUUUUUACAAAUAGAAAUGAAGAAGAGCUAUUCGUCUCUGAUACUUGUGCUAUUUUUAUGCUUUAGUCUCAACACCAAUCUCUCAUUUGGAGGGGACAGCAUUUCUUGGAAUGAAUCUCUUUCUAUAGGCCAAACAAUUGUAUCUUCAGGUGGGAAGUUUCAGCUUGGUUUCUUCCAACCAGAGAACUCUCUCAAUUACUACAUAGGCAUAUGGUACAAGGAAGUUCCCGUGCAAACAGUAGUUUGGGUAGCAAAUAGGGAGACACCAGUUAGUGAUGCUUCCCAGCUGACAAUUAUUCAAGGCAACUUGGUCCUUCUUGAUAAAAAUCAUAACUCAAUUUGGUCAGCACUUUCUGGGAACGUCAUUCGAAAUAUUUCAGUAACAGCAGUUCUUCAUGAUGAUGGAAAUUUGAUUUUAAGUGAUAUGUCAAAUUCGUCAGCACCCUUACUACUUUGGCAAAGUUUUGACCACCCAACGGACACGUUAUUGCCUGGUGCUAAGCUUGGAUAUGACAAACGCACCCAAAAAAAAAGUGUUCUAACUUCAUGGAAGAAUUUGUACGAUCCGGCACCAGGAUUGUUUUCUGUGGAACUGGACCCAAAACAUGGUCAGUUUGUUCUUAAAUGGAACAGGACUACAGAGUAUUGGGCUAGUGGUUCAUGGAAUGGUCGUAUAUUCAGCUCAGUGCCUGACUGGCUGAACACAGUAUACAAUUACAGCUAUACAGACAAUGAGAACGAGCUAUAUUUUACAUAUUCCCCUUUUAAUAGGGCAAUCGCAUCAAGGUGGAACAUGGGUCUCUCAGGAAAAGUUCAACAACUAUCAUGGUCGGAUGGUUCCAUUACCUGGAAUCUACUCUGGUCACUGCCUAGAGAACGAUGUGAGGUUUAUGCUAGUUGUGGGGCGUUUGGGGUUUGCAGUAAUGCUAACGCAUCCUGCAAUUGUUUGCGCGGUUUCAAGCCAAGAUCAACUGGUCAAUUGAACUCGAAAGAUUAUUCAGGUGGCUGUGUAAGAAUUGGAAAGUUGCAAUGCAGUGACAUUACUGAAGACAAUGACAGUUUUUGGAUGAAUUUUACUAUGAGAUUACCUAUUCCACAAUAUACUAAUGUCACAGUUGAGGACGCCUCACAGUGUAGAUCUACUUGUUUCAACAGUUGCUCUUGUAAUGCUUAUACUUAUGAUGGUUCCAGUACCUGUUCAAUUUGGGCAGGGGAUCUGUUCAAUUUGCAACAGCUCAGCGAAGAUGAAACGGGAAGGACUAUCUUUGUCAAACGUGGCUCACCUGAAGUUCAAACUAAGGCUACGAAAUCGAUGAAGCUGAUAGCUUUAAUUUCAUCCAUAACAACUUUUAUGGCUCUACUGAUAGGCAGCUUUAGCUACAUCUACUUUAGAAGAAGAAGAAGAAUGGCAAUAAGAGCAGGUAGAAGAAAAGGAAAUCAAGGGACACAAAUAUCUCACUGGCACAAAGUUGAAGGAAAAGCAAAAGUAUUGAUGAAUGAAAACAAUGAUGAAGUGAUUGAUGUUCCAUAUAUUCAUUUGGAGACCAUUUUGGCCGCUACUGACAACUUCUCAAAUGCAAAUAAGCUCGGACAAGGAGGAUUUGGUCCUGUUUACAAGGGUAUCUUUCCAGGACAAACGGAAAUUGCAGUGAAAAGGUUAUCUACUCAUUCAGGACAAGGCAUAGAUGAAUUUAAGAAUGAAGUAACUUUAAUUGCAAAACUUCAACAUCGAAAUUUGGUGAGGCUAUCGGGCUAUUGCAUUAAUACAACUGAACAGAUAUUACUCUACGAAUAUAUGCCGAACAAAAGUUUAGAUACAUUCAUAUUCCAUGGAGAACGUUGUCAAUUAUUGGAUUGGGAGAAGCGUUAUGACAUCAUAUUGGGCAUUGCACGGGGUAUUGCUUACCUACACCAUGAUUCACGAUUGCGGAUCAUUCAUAGAGAUUUAAAAGCUAGUAAUGUUUUACUAGAUGAGGAGAUGAAUCCAAAAAUUUCAGAUUUUGGCUUGGCAAGGAUAGUUGAAGGAAAAGGAACGGAGGCAAAUACAAAGAAAGUAGUGGGGACCUAUGGCUAUAUGUCUCCUGAGUAUGCACUGGACGGAUUGUUUUCCAUCAAGUCAGAUGUAUUUAGUUUCGGCGUAGUCCUACUUGAGAUAGUCAGUGGAAGGAGGAAUACAGGAACUUGUUGGGCUAUAAAAUCUAUCACAGGCAUGGAAAUUGUGGACAGAAGAAGCUGAAAUACAAUUGAUAGACAAGUCCUUACUUGAAUCUUGCAACACAAGUGAAGCAACAAAGUGUAUAAAUAUUGGGCUCCUGUGUGUACAAGAAGAUCCAAAUAAACGUCCUAACAUGUCAGAUGUUAUUUUAAUGCUGGGAGGCGAAGGUAGUAGUCUUCCACAACCUAAUCGACCAGCUUUUGUAAUAAGGACGCACACUUCUAGGAAACUGUCUUCUUCAUCCGGUAAGCAAUACAUUGUCUCCAAUAAUCAGGUGACAAUUACAGUCGAAGAAGGACGCUAGCUAGCAGGGGUACUCGAUGGAAAAUUGUGCAUUGUUACAAUUGGUCAUUGUUCUCUUCUCUAUAGCAGUUAGGAGAAUGGGUGGAAAUGUUGGGGAAACUUUCAAGUGUUUGUACUCUAACACAUAUAUUUUUUUGUACUUGAGAAGUACUGGUUAAGCCCUUAAUCUAAAAUGCUAGGAAGGCCAAAAAGGAAUUUGUUGUUUAGAACACUUCAGUUAACAAGUACAAAUCUGUUGUGAUAUGUUACCAGUGGCACAACCGAUUUGUGUAAUUUUAGUGAAGGGACAUUGGACCUUUCAAUAUAUAUAAAGUUCUCACUCAUA